GGGCCGGCUUCUCGCUCAGACAUGAAAUCUGUUCUGGAUGGUGUGGCUGACACCACCUUUAGGACAAUAACCUCUGGACUGCAAUAUCUCGGCUCCAACGAUGCCAGUUACGACAGCGCUGGCAUGGAUGUGGACUUUGCCAAGGGUGGGUAUUCCCUCCAGAAGCCGUUCUCAGCUUUCCGCAGCCACUCGUACCCGGACAAGGCUCCUCUGGAUGAGGAGAUGAAGCUAAAGGGCAUUCCUUUCUAUCCCACCAAUGGCACAGACAUACUCAGUAAUUGGAGCGUGGGAGAUGAGGGCAGCAGCCUCCAGUGCGGGGAGAACUUCAUGGACAUGGAGUGCUUUAUGAUCCUGACGCCCAGUCAGCAGCUGGCGGUGGCGGUCAUGUCGCUGACCCUGGGUACCUUUACUGUGUUGGAGAACCUGGUGGUGCUUUGCGUAAUCUUGCACUCCCGCACUCUCCGCUGCCGCCCGUCCUACCACUUCAUCGGCAGCUUGGCUGUGGCUGACCUGCUGGGCAGCGUCAUCUUCGUCUACAGCUUCUUGGACUUCCACGUUUUUCACAGGAAGGACAGUCCGAGCGUGUUUUUGUUCAAGCUGGGCGGCGUUACGGCUUCCUUCACCGCGUCUGUGGGAAGCCUCUUCCUGACUGCUAUUGACCGUUACAUCUCCAUACACCGCCCUCUGGCCUACCGGCGUAUUGUGACGCGCACCAAGGCCGUGAUCGCUUUCUGCAUGAUGUGGGCUAUAUCCAUCAUUAUCGCAGUGCUCCCCCUGCUGGGCUGGAACUGCAAGCGCCUUAAGUCCGUGUGCUCAGAUAUCUUCCCCUUGAUCGAUGAGAACUACCUGAUGUUCUGGAUCGGUGUUACCAGCGUGCUGGUUCUGUUUAUAAUCUACGCCUACAUGUACAUCCUGUGGAAGGCUCACCACCAUGCCGUGCGCAUGCUCAGUCGAACGUCUCAGAAGAGCCUGGUGGUCUACUCUGCCGAUGGUACCAAAGUGCAGACCACGCGACCCGAGCAGGCACGCAUGGAUAUUCGGCUGGCCAAGACCUUGGUUCUCAUCCUGGUGGUUCUAGUCAUCUGCUGGGGGCCCGUGCUGGCCAUCAUGGUCUACGAUCUCUUCUGGAAGAUGGACGAUGGUAUCAAAACCGUAUUUGCGUUCUGCAGCAUGCUCUGUCUGCUCAACUCUACGGUCAAUCCAAUCAUCUACGCCCUGCGGAGCAAAGACUUACGUCGGGCUUUUCUCAGUGCCUGUCAGGCCUGCCGUAGUUCCGCCCAGCAGCUGGACAACAGCCUGGAGUCGGACUGCCAGAACCGGAACACUCAGAUCGCCGCCAACCGGGCUGCAGAGAGCUGCGUGAAGACCACUGUGAAAAUAGCCAAAGUGACCAUGUCUGUCUCCACAGAGACAUCAGCUGAGGCUGUCUGA